AGAUAGUAUAUAGUUUAGUGACAAGCAACUAAUAUCAUUGGUCUUUGGUCUAGAAUUCUUGUGGCUGUCGAUCUGUGAUCAUUCAAUAUAUUUUAAGGUCAUUUUUGUACAUAUAGUGAGCGGCGGGUAGUCAACGUCCAGCAUCAAGCAAAAUGUUGACGUUACACAUAUCAGCAACAAUUUCACUUUUAAUACUAGCCCCAUCUAUAUCUGGACGAUGGCUUCAAGUUAACCCAGUCGAGAAGCAGUUGUUCCUUAGCAGACGUGUAGUCACUGAAUCCUGUGAGUUCGACGGUGGCGUCUUGGUUGAUGAAAAAGGAAUGAUUGAAAGAAUUCUUACAAGAGAAAACGUUGAAUCUUUGCUCACUGCCAAGAAUAAUAUUAAGGUUAUAGAUGGCGGCGACUUGGCAUUGAUGGCCGGCGUGAUUGAUUCACACGUUCACGUCAACGAGCCAGGACGCACCUCCUGGGAGGGAUACGUCACUGCUACGCAGGCGGCAGCCGCCGGCGGUAUCACAACGAUCAUCGACAUGCCUCUGAAUUCGAUCCCACCAACAACCACACUCGAAAAUUUGAAAACUAAAAUCGCUGCAGCUAGGGAAGAAGUGUUUGUUGAUGUUGGAUUUUGGGGCGGUAUUGUUCCAGGAAACGAAAUGGAGUUGCACGACAUGGUCAGGGCUGGCGUGGUGGGAUUUAAAGGAUUCUUAGCAGACAGUGGAGUCGCCGAGUUCCCCAAUGUACACAAAAUCGAAUUAGGAAACCUCUUCUCUAUUCUCAACGGUACUGGAACCGUUUUAGCAUUCCAUGCUGAACUAGAAGUUAAUAAUACGACUACUGAAUGUGAAGGAUUCGACUGUUCCGAUCCACACUUGUACAGCACAUAUCUGGCCUCCCAUCCUCCUGAAAUGGAACUGGAAGCCGUUUCUUUAAUAGCUAGCUACUUGCCACAAUCAGAUGUCCACGUGCAUAUCGUGCAUGUGUCGGCCGCUGGCGUCGUCCCAAUUCUUGAGAAAGCCAGAUUGGGGCGUAUUCACGCUGGUAAUAAAGGCUGGCGCGGUGGAGUCACGGCUGAGACCUGCCACCACUACCUGACUCUCAGUUCAGAACAGAUCCCUGCUGGACACACCGAAUACAAAUGCUCUCCACCUAUUAGAAAUAAUACUAACAAGGAAAAACUGUGGGAAUACAUCAAAGACCAUAGAUUAGAUUUAAUUGCAUCGGACCAUUCCCCAUCAGUUGCGUCCUUAAAGUCAUCCAACUUUAUGGAGUCAUGGGGUGGAGUAUCUUCUGUUCAAUUCGGUCUGUCCCUGUUUUGGACGCAGGCGAAAGCCCGUGGAUUAAAAUUGGGGGACGUGAGUCACUACUUAUCAGCAGGUCCAGCUCACUUAUGCGGCCUGCAAGAGAGAAAAGGUGCCAUAAGGCCGGGCCUUGACGCUGACCUUAUCUUCUUCGACCCUAACGCGUCGUUCGUUGUUACGCCUGAUGUGAUAUUAUACAAAAACAAGAUAAGCCCGUAUAUGAAUACAGUAUUAAAUGGAAAAGUUAUCCAAACAUAUAUUAGAGGUCAACUCGUUUACUCAGAAGGACAAAUAAUAGGCGGACCAAAAGGAAUUUUAUUACUCAAAGAUGGUUAUUAGUUACUAAAUAAAAGAAUUGUAUGUAAUGUGCGAAUGUUAUC